UGUCAUGUUUUGUAAUAAAGCCGAAAAACAAGGGGUGUGAUAAAAUUUCCAUCGUAAACAAUACAAAGAAGUGUGGGUCCCAACAGCACCACUCCGUCUCUUGCACCUCUCCAUUCCAUCCAUCCGUAGAUAGAUUUCCUCCAUCAUCAUUUGCUCAAAGAUUUUCUCUCAAUAGUAUUUUGAGUUUAUAUUGUCGUCACACAGCUUCAGAUCUACAAGAACACCCCUUUUCUUGUACUAUUAUUAGGAAACCUUCUGAGUUCUUGACAAUGGCGAUCACAGAUGCUCAAAGUCCUCAUCUCGGGGAGAUUACUUGUGGUACUUUACUCCAAAAGUUGCAGGAAAUAUGGGAUGAAGUUGGUGAGAGCGAUGAGCAACGAGACAAGAUGCUUCUUCAGAUAGAGCAAGAGUGUCUCGAUGUUUACAAGCGUAAAGUUGAACAAGCUGCCAAGUCCCGCGCCGAGCUUCUUCAGACCUUGUCUGAUGCUAACGCUGAACUCUCCAGCCUCACUACCUCUCUUGGAGAAAAAACCUUUGCUAAUGGCAUUCCAGAUAAGUCUUCUGGAACGAUUAAAGAACAGCUUGCUGCUAUAGCACCAGCUCUCGAACAACUCUGGCAACAGAAAGAAGAGAGAGUCAGAGCCUUCUCCGAUGUGCAAUCACAAAUCCAGAAGAUCUCCGGAGAGAUUGCUGGUGGUUUGAGUAACAACCAGCUUCCUCCUAUAGUCGACGAAUCUGACUUGUCUCUCAAGAAACUAGACUCUUUCCACAGCCAACUCCAAGAGCUUCAGAAAGAGAAGAGCGACAGGCUUCACAAAGUGCUCGAGUUUGUGAGCACUGUCCAUGAUCUAUGCGCCGUUCUCGCUUUGGACUUCUUAACCACCGUGACACAAGUUCACCCCAGCUUAGAUGAAGAAACAGCUGUCCAAGCCAAGAGCAUUAGCAACGACACUCUCUCAAUGUUGUCUAAAACCGUUCUGACUCUUGAAGAUGACAAGAAGCAAAGACUUCGAAAGCUUCAAGAGCUUGCCACUCAGCUGGUUGAUCUUUGGAACCUGAUGGACACUCCUGAUGAAGAAAGGGAUCUUUUCAACCACGUCACGUGCAACAUUUCAUCUUCAGUAGAUGACGUCACUUCGCCAGGCGCUCUCGCACGUGAUCUGAUCAACCAGGCUGAGGUGGAAGUGGACAGGCUUGACCAGCUGAAAGCCAGCAGAAUGAAGGAGAUUGCAUUCAAGAAACAGUCAGAGCUAGAGGAGAUAUACGCUCGUGCGCACGUGGAGAUAAACCCUGAGUCGGCUCGCGAGAGGAUCAUGUCGCUGAUUGAUGCUGGGAACGUGGAGCAUACUGAGUUGUUGGCGGAUAUGGAUAGUCAGAUAGCUAAGGCUAGAGAAGAAGCGGUUAGUAGGAAGGAUGUAUUGGACAGAGUUGAGAAAUGGAUGUCUGCGUGUGAGGAAGAGAGCUGGUUAGAAGACUACAACCGGGAUCACAACAGGUACAGUUCAAGCAGAGGAGCUCAUUUGAAUCUCAAGAGAGCUGAGAAAGCCAGGAUUCUGGUUAGCAAGAUUCCUACCAUGGUUGACACAUUGGUCGCCAAGAUCCGAGCUUGGGAAGAGGAACACAGCAUGUCCUUUGCAUACGAUGGUGUUCCUCUGCUAGCUAUGUUGGAUGAGUACGGUAUGCUCAGGCAAGAACGAGAAGAUGAGAAACGGAGGCUGAGGGAGCAAAAGAAGGUUCAAGAACAGCCACACGUAGAGCAAGACUCUGCGUUUAGCACAAGGCCAAGCACUGCAGCAAGACCAGUCAGUGCUAAGAAACCUGUGGGGACACGAGCUAACAACGGAGGAGCCAACCGGCGUUUAUCUUUGAAUGCAAACCAGAAUGGAAGCAGGUCUGUUGCGAAAGAAGGAGGGAGAAGGGAGAGUCUCAAUAAGCCGGCUGCUCCUGCGAACUAUGUUGCCAUUUCGAAAGAGGAAGCUGCUGCUUCGUCUCCGGUUUCUGGUGCUGCAGAUCAAGUUUCAGCUUCACCGUGAAGAUGAGAAAGGAAUAUAUCUGUAGCUUUCUUUCUGUUUGUGAGUUGUUUUAGGCUGAGAGAGGGUUCUGUGAAACACCUGAGAGAAGACAAAAAGAUGUUUGUGAGUAGAAUUGUGUAGUAGAAUGCGUAUGUGUAUGUUUUGUUAAUGUUGUUUGCCAUGGAAUAUCAGAAAGUAUCUUGUUGAGACUGUG